AAACCUGAAAAAAGUUUGGUUAUAUUAUUGUGAGUUCUCUAUUUUUGGUCAAGCACAAAAUUAUCACUUUAAAAAAAAAGUCAACGCAUUAAAGAACCAAAAAUGGAUCUAUUAGGUUCCAUUAUGAAUUCAAUGGAGAAGCCUCCRAGUUUGAGCGAAAAAGAACGUCAAUUGAUUAAAAAAAGAAAAGAAGAAAUCGAGAAAAGACAAACAGCGGAAAAGGAACGUCUCAAAAGAUUUAAAGAGAGAGUCGAGUCGAAAUUGGCUUCACAUUUUAAGGAUCCUGUCAACACUAUGCUUAAAUUUGAACCUAUGGACCAAAUUUAUAGAAGCAUUGUACACGAGGCAGCUGAAAGUGCGGGGUUAUUGUCAUAUGCAUUUGGUACUGAUGGGGUGGAUAGAUAUGUUCGGGUCUACAGCAAAGACAACGCCCCUUGUGAGGACGAAUUAGCGGCAAGAAGGCGAGGUGACCCGUGGAAUGAACAAGUCAAGCAACAAUUAAUCGAAAAAAGAAAAAUGGAUAAAUUGGAAGAAGUUGCAGCCACUAAAAGAAAGCCAGAAAAAUUCACACCACACUCUAAUUACAGAGAUAAAUACGCGCAUUUGAUUGGACAAGAAGCCGCCCUAGAGGCGGCUAAGAAAACCGAAACUAAUAAGACCUAUGGCUUUGUGCCUAGUGAAAAUAAAAAGGACCUCAGGUCAAUUGAACAAACAAUGGCCGAUAUCAGGGCCAAAAAACGCCUUAAAACCAGCCAUGAAACACCAUCCGAAUAGUUAAUUUUAUUUAUUAGGCAAUAUUUAUUGUAACAUUUAAGACCACAUUAUAAAAACUCUGAUGAA